AUGGCUCGCAGUUCUUUCGCAUCUUCAGGAGUGAUUCCGACAUCGCCAGAGCAACAAUUUCAAGCGACUGAGAGUUUCGAUGUUCUACAGGCCUCAAAAGGAAUCACUUCACAGACUCGACUGCAGCAGCAAAAACGACGCUUCUCCAUACGCGACUCUGAAGCCUUUGUCUCAACCGCGAUAGCGCCAAACGGUUGGGUAGCAGUUGCUACACCAUCCGAAAUUCGUCUAUACAAUAUAGAAUGCCAGAACCUGAACAAGGAUGUCACGCCAACUGCGUUAAUUCGUCCCAAAUCGCUGUCGAAGGGUGAAAGUGUACGGGCAGUCGCCAUCUCUGAUCAUCUCCUGGCCGUUGUGACACAUCUUCGCCUCAUUGUAUAUGAGUACCAAGAGACUGGGAACGUUGAAGACAACAGCUUGUCCGAGGUGCGCAUCAACCAGAAGGCAGCCUGGACACCGAGGUCGUUGUCUAUCUUGCAAGUAGACGCCACAGAUACAGACCAGAGAGCUGCUGCAUGGAUUGCCGUAGGCGGAGAAGGUGUGAAUGGGGUGAGAUUGUACCAAUACUCACAGAGACCUUGCUGGACCGCCCUACGCAACUGUCACUUGACUCUGAAAUGCCCUCGGAACACCGGCCUGGUGCAAUCCGUGGGUUUUUCCAAAUUUGUGCGGAUGAAUUGUUUUGUGGUCUUCGCAGUGACGUCAGAAAAUCAUGUUGUUUGCUGGAGUGUCCAUGCUCAAGGGAUAGGUAAGCUACAUACACUGUCAACAUCCCACCACUUGGCGGAAUAUGCAAUGUCUGAUGUUCAACAGCCACACAGAGGAGAGGUUACAGCCGUCAAUAUAUUCGAAUCGCCAUCUGAGAGACCGUAUAUCUUCGUUGCGAUAAACCAAAAACACGGCUCCCAAUUGAUGCGGAGCUUCAUAGCACCUUUGGGCGCCCCCAGUUCUCAGUGGAGGUCGCUCCCAGGCAAUACAACCGGGAGACAAGCCCUUUCGGCGGCUGCAACACGGAAUGGUCGUUUCAUCGUUGUCGUGGAGGAUGGCGCUCUCAAGCUCCUGGCGCUCCGUGGUGCUUUCGGGGGAGGCCUCACGUGUUCGGACCAUACCGUGGAAUGGGCAUCGUCUCUGAGAGAAACAGCCAAGGACAUCUGUGCGAUCUCUCUCGCCGUGAAGGAAACUUUGGGCUGCAUCGAGAUUACUGGCAUUGAUGGCCGUGGACACCUCUUGUCGGCGCGCGCGAGCGUACCAGGCAUGCCAGUAACAGCGCCACCUUCGUUGACAAUGCGCGGCUUCAGUAUGGCGGAGCUCCACGGCGACCACGUUGUGCGAACCGUGCCAGAACUUUGCGGGAAGGAGAUUAGCCAAGCUCGACGAGUGGGAUUAACGGUACGGUCCGACUGGGAGCCUUUUGGGGGAGGUUGAGGUCAUGCUGGGCAGUUGAAC